CAGAAGGGGACAAAGCUUGUAGAAGACUUAAGUGAACAAGAGACUAAAGAAAGCAAGAAAAAUGCCGAAACCAAUCAAUGUCAGAGUAACCACAAUGGAUGCAGAGUUGGAAUUUGCCAUCCAGCCCAACACGACAGGCAAGCAGCUCUUUGAUCAGGUGGUGAAAACUGUUGGUCUUCGUGAAGUCUGGUUUUUUGGGCUACAGUAUGUGGACAGCAAAGGCUACUCAACUUGGCUGAAGCUAAAUAAAAAGGUAACCCAGCAAGAUGUAAGGAAAGAAAAUCCUUUGCAGUUUAAGUUCAGGGCCAAGUUUUUUCCAGAGGAUGUAUCUGAAGAAUUAAUUCAGGAAAUAACUCAGAGACUUUUCUUCCUGCAAGUCAAAGAAGCGAUCUUAAAUGAUGAAAUAUAUUGCCCCCCAGAAACUGCAGUUCUUCUGGCUUCUUAUGCUGUCCAGUCCAAGUAUGGAGAUUACAGUAAAGAGAUACAUAAACUAGGCUACCUAGCCAAUGACAGACUUCUCCCUCAGCGUGUGUUAGAACAGCACAAACUGACAAAAGAACAGUGGGAAGAAAGAAUACAGAACUGGCAUGAAGAGCACAGGGGAAUGUUAAGGGAAGAUUCUAUGAUGGAAUACCUUAAGAUAGCACAAGACUUGGAAAUGUAUGGAGUCAACUAUUUUGAAAUAAAGAAUAAAAAAGGAACUGAGCUGUGGCUUGGAGUUGAUGCUUUGGGUCUAAAUAUUUAUGAGCAUGAUGAUAAGCUGACACCCAAGAUUGGUUUUCCCUGGAGUGAAAUAAGAAACAUCUCUUUUAAUGACAAAAAAUUUGUCAUAAAGCCAAUUGACAAAAAGGCCCCCGAUUUUGUUUUUUAUGCACCCCGUCUGAGAAUUAACAAGCGAAUUUUGGCACUGUGUAUGGGAAAUCAUGAAUUGUACAUGAGGAGGAGGAAACCUGAUACAAUUGAAGUGCAACAGAUGAAGGCCCAAGCUAGAGAGGAGAAACAUCAGAAACAAUUGGAAAGGGCACAAUUAGAAAAUGAGAAGAAGAAAAGGGAGAUAGCAGAAAAGGAGAAGGAAAGAAUAGAGCGUGAAAAGGAAGAAUUAAUGGAACGCUUAAGACAAAUUGAGGAACAAACAAUGAAAGCUCAGAAAGAGCUAGAGGAACAGACUAGAAGAGCUCUAGAACUGGAUCAAGAGCGAAAGCGUGCAAAAGAGGAAGCAGAGCGCCUGGAAAAAGAGCGGCGAGCAGCUGCAGAAGCUAAAGCUGCUCUAGCCAAGCAGGCAGCUGAUCAAAUGAAGAACCAGGAGCAGCUAGCAGCAGAACUUGCUGAAUUCACUGCCAAGAUUGCACUUCUAGAGGAGGCCAAGAAAAAGAAAGAAGAGGAAGCCUCAGAAUGGCAGCACAAAGCUUUUGCAGCUCAAGAGGACUUGGAAAAGACCAAAGAAGAACUGAAAUCUGUGAUGUCUGCUCCUCCUCCACCUCCUCCCCCACCAGUUAUUCCUCCAACAGAGAAUGAACAUGAUGAACAUGAUGAGAACAAUGCUGAAGCCAGUGCAGAAUUGUCUUCUGAUGGUGUCAUGAAUCAUAGGAGUGAGGAAGAACGGGUAACGGAAACACAGAAAAAUGAACGUGUUAAGAAGCAGCUCCAGGCUUUAAGUUCUGAGUUGGCUCAAGCCAGAGAUGAAACCAAGAAAACACAAAAUGAUGUCCUUCAUGCUGAGAAUGUUAAAGCAGGCCGUGAUAAGUACAAGACUCUUCGACAAAUCCGACAAGGCAAUACAAAGCAGCGUAUUGAUGAGUUUGAAGCAAUGUUACAAAAGUACGAUCUCUUGCAGCCCUUAGGAUAGGAACAAGGUAAAGAUCAGCAGAAGACCUGGGGUCUGCCAAGGCCUGCUCUUGCGCUUCUGUAAAUCUGGACAGUUUACAGCGCUUUAAAUUAGGUGCUGCCUGGUCCAUGAAGAAUUUUCGGGAAGGACCAGGAAGUGCCGUUAUGACAUUUCGCUAAUGUUUGGUUCUCUCAUGGUCUCUCUCCAAAUCUUUCCUUUGUUGUCUUUUCCCAGGAGAAAAUUUGCUUUUAAAAGUAUUUAAGCUGUUGUUCUUCCCAGAAAA